UCUCUGCCUCUCGGGCAUCGGUCUACCAAGACGGCCUGCUCUAUGGCACAACCCGUCCCCUCAAAACAGUAUGUCUUGCUGAGGCGUCUCCGAGAUUUCUUCUUCAAGCCAUCGAAUCAAAAACAUUCACCAAGGUCUUUCCGAUAGUUUGCGUUGCUCCGCUCAGCGAAGAAGUUGGUGGCAGCUUUGAAGCUAUACAUUGGGUCUACGGGGUGGCUCGUUCUGACAUUCAUUGCGAAAACUAGCUCAUGGAUCGUUUCAUCAUCGAAGAUGAGGUCGACAAGCAAGCUUUCCCCAUAGUAUUCGUUGACAUUAUCGACGAUUACUACAGCGGAACUUCAGAAGUGUCUGCUGAUGAAGACAUUAAUCUUGAAUCACCAUUCAUUGGGAAAUCUCCAGAAGAAUGCUACGAACUGCUUCUCGAGCUCCACGAUGAUACCGAGUCUGACAUUGAACCUUCUUUAUCUGUCAUCAUGGACGAACGAUCAACACAAGAUGACACCGGACUGCUCGUCCCAGGGUGGAGGGGCAAAGACGGAAACCUUGUACGAGGAGACUCUCCGCGCGUCUUUCCAGGCUUCAGGCCUUGCACUGGUGUUGUGCGGAGCUGGCCACAGCAUUAUGGCAGCGGAUGCGGAAAGGGCUAAGCUUGAAAAAGACGGUGUCUACCGCGGUUAGCAAUGUCCUAAUCUUGCAUCACCGAUGUACCGCCCCGAUCAUUAACCAGGGCAACAAG